GAGAGAAGGAGAGAAAACAGAGGAGCAAGAGAAAUGCUAAUUAUCUGAAGUCCUUCACUCUUUCCCUCCUGCUCGCUUUGCUGGAAAGAUGAAAGCUGGAGCUCUGGAAGAAGCCGGCUGAAGGGAGAGGAAAGGAAGGAUUCUUCAACGAGGGGGAGAUUUGUUGGAAAACUGUAUGAAGACGACACAAGAAGAAUCAGCUUUGACAGACAGACGGGGAGCUUAACAAAAACUGAGAAACGGCUCAACAGAACGACAAACACAAACAUGUUCAGCAGAGUGUGGUACCCGUAAAGCCUUGUGGAGGCCCAGUGGGUGGAGUUAUAAGGAAGCAGAGAUGAAGCUGACCAACCACAGGCCAUCACCCGGGGAUAUAAGCUCCACCCACCACUAAUAUCCAGGGUGACUGAUAGACAGACCAACACCUCUUGCAGCGGCACCUGAAACAUCAUUGGCCCAUAGUACAGUGCAGUGUCUGGAAAUGACCACUAAACGGAAGCUGAUUGGCCGGCUGGUGCCGUGCCGUUGUUUCCGUGGUGAAGAGGAAGUGAUCUCAGUGUUGGACUACUCCCACUGCAGCCUGCAGCAGGUCCCCAAGGAAAUCUUCAGCUUUGAGAGAACUCUGGAGGAGCUCUACCUAGAUGCCAACCAGAUUGAGGAAUUACCCAAGCAACUCUUCAACUGCCAGGCCUUGAAGAAGCUGAGCAUGCCAGAUAACGACCUGUCCAACCUGCCCACCACCAUCGCCAGCCUGGUGAACCUAAAAGAGCUAGACAUCAGUAAAAACGGAAUCCAGGAGUUUCCAGACAAUAUAAAAUGCUGUAAAGGCUUGUCUGUGGUGGAAGCCAGUGUCAACCCCAUCACCAAACUCCCAGAUGGUUUUACGCAGCUCCUGAAUCUGACCCAGCUCUUUUUAAACGAUGCCUUCCUGGAGUAUCUGCCUGCUAACUUUGGGAGACUCUCCAAACUACGGAUCCUGGAGCUGAGGGAGAAUCACCUGAAAACAAUGCCAAAGUCCAUCCACAGACUGACACAGCUCGAGAGGCUGGAUCUGGGUAGCAAUGAAUUUUCUGAAGUGCCGGAGGUGUUGGAACAGAUCCACAAUCUGAAGGAGCUAUGGCUUGAUAAUAACUCUCUGCAGACUAUACCAGGGGUGAGCAGAAGUUGGGACAAAAAGCUUCAUUCAAUAGGGAAGCUUCGUCAAUUGCGGUACUUGGACUUGGCUAAGAAUCGUAUCGAGACGUUGGACGCGGACAUUUCGGGCUGUGAGGCCUUGGAAGACCUGCUGCUAUCUUCCAACAUGCUGCAGCACCUUCCUGACUCUAUAGGAAUGUUAAAGAAGCUGACAACACUAAAGGUAGAUGACAACCAGCUGACCUCACUGCCUAACACCAUUGGGAGUCCGAAGCCCAAGCAAGGUCUGUCUCUACUGGAGGAGUUGGACUGUAGUUGUAAUGAGUUGGAGUCGCUGCCUCCCACCAUCGGCUACCUGCACAGCCUGAGAACCUUCGCUGCCGAUGAGAACUUCCUCUCAGAGCUGCCCCGCGAGAUCGGUAACUGCAAGAACGUGACUGUCAUGUCACUGCGGUCCAACAAACUGGAGUUUCUUCCUGAUGAGAUUGGACAGAUGACCAAACUGCGAGUCCUUAACCUCAGCGACAACAGGUUAAAGAAUCUACCGUUUACCUUCACUAAGCUGAAGGACCUGGCAGCUCUGUGGCUCUCUGACAAUCAGUCCAAGGCUCUGAUCCCACUGCAGACAGAAGCCCAUCCAGAAACCAAACAGAAGGUUUUGACCAACUACAUGUUUCCCCAGCAGCCGCGACACGAUGAGGAUUAUCAGUCGGACAGCGACAGCUUUAAUCCUACGCUGUGGGAGGAGCAGAGACAACAGAGGAUGACUGUGGCCUUCGAUUUUGAGGACAAGAAAGAAGAGGAAGACAACUCUGGGAAGGUCAAGGUGGAGAUAAACCUAAAGCGCUAUCCAACGCCCUACCCUGAGGACCUGAAGAACAUGGUUAAGUCAGUGCAAAGUCUUGUGGGCAAAAGCGUACACGUCGGACACGCCGGACACGCCGGACAUGGGCACCAGCACCAGCUGAGCACAGGCACCGCCACCUCGGCAGGAACCAACAUGGAACAUACACACCUCAGCAAAGAGCCAUAUGAACCACCGUGGCCCCUGCCUCCUAAAGAGGUGACAGACAGAGAGAUGCAGGACUUCUCUCAGACUCAGCUAAUGGAUCAGGGACCAAUGCAUAACUCUGGCAUCGAUAUUCCUAAGAGGAAGGACAAAGAGGACUUGACAGAGAGCUCUGAGGAUUCAAUGGGCGGCUCUCCGAACGACAUCCGUAUCUCUGACAUGAGGCCCACCCUGGUGGAGCCACCAAUGUACAAACCAAAGGUGGUGUUGCUGGGGAAGGAUAAGAAAGAGUCUACAGAUGAAGAGGUUGAUAAACUCCACUGUCUGAACCACAGCGGCUCGUCGGCCACCUACUCUGAUUACUCUCCCUCACAGGGCUCCUCGGGCUCCUCCAACCCGCCCGGCAACACGCACUCACACACGCUGUCACACGGACACCCCCACAAUCCCGCCCUACCGCCUCCCAGCAAGGACCAGGCCCCUCAGACGCACUGGACCAACAGACUUGCCCAGUCAUUUCCCAAGCCCAUUGACUCCAAGCCCCUGCUGUCUCAGAGAGAAACUCCUCCAUCAGGAACCCUGCAGCAACGCGGGGAUCGGCGUCCACUUAGUGAGCCUUUUGACUGGGUUGACGCACCUCACUACGACAACACGGGUUUCGAUGCAGAGGAGUCUUCUCUGGACCCUCCUUCAUCUACCACCAGUCAGGGAAACCCUCCGCUGGGCUCUAAGCCUCGCAGCUCGUCAACACACGGCCGCCGCCCCCUCCUUAGGCAAGACCGAAUUGUAGGGGUCCCAUUGGAAUUGGACACCCAGACGCUCCCCUUCCACGGCAACCAACGACCCAACCAGGACAAUGACUCGCAAUCCUCCGGACAUCCUCCCCAGAAUCCCUGGCAGAAUUGGACCAGGACCCCGAGCCCCCUGGAGGACAGAACCGCUUUUCCUUCCAAGCUGGACCUUACACCUACUUCCAGCCCCAAUCCUGAUCGCAAGGACAUUGAUUCAAGGCUUCAGCAAAGCACAGUGCCUUUGCCCGGCAGCUGGACAUAUCACGACAAUGAGGGGGAGCAAAACAGGAAGGAUCAGCUCAGUGUAGGCGGGGUCAACAAGGUGACCGUGGUGAUGAGUAAAAGCUCAGAUCGCCUGUCCCCCAUGAUGAAGGAGACGAGAUCCAAGUUUAAGAAGUCACAGAGCAUAGACGAGAUUGACAUUGGCUCCUACAAGGUCUACAGCAUUCCCAUGGACAGCUAUAGUUCAUCCAUUGAGCAGCAAACUAGUUUGGACCGUCCAGAGCUCCCCGGUUCUAUGGAGCAGACCAACAUGUCACGGUCACAGUCUGCCCCCAUGUUAGAUGAGGAGAUGGGAUACCCCGGACACGGAUCUGGCGACCAAAACCAGAGACAGAACCAAAAACCUGCCAUCCCACAAAAGGCUUACCACUUUGACCACAACUACAACCCGCAGGUUCGAUGGAGUUGUGAACCAUUGGUGACCAUGGAUCGCCGGGUCCCUCCCCCUUUCCCAAACACACCAGAUUAUGUCAACCACUCAUCGAAGGCUUUGGAGUACCUCAACCAACCAGGGAAGACACUACCCAAAGAGCUAGUGAGCCCUCGGUAUCGUGCAUAUCCACCCUUGGAGAUGUUUUCUUUCCCCCAGUCGCCAAUCAACCAAGAUGGUCCGCCCAGCCAGCAGCAGCAGCCAAUCCCAAGUCAGCGCUCCAGACCAGGAUUUCUAAGAAGAGCAGACUCACUGGUGAGCUCUACGGAGCUCGCCUUGUUCCGACGGGUUCAUGAAGCUCAGCAGGAGGCGCUCCAAGAGUCUCAGUACAGACAACAGGCGGAUCCCCCUCUUUAUGGCCGGGCUGUCUACUCCACCCCCAUGGAGCACUCCGCGAUGAGUAAUAUGGCCGACAACCAGAGUCAGAUGCUGCACAACAAGAGAAACGGUCGUUAUGACGACGACUACCCCACUUACCAGGAGCAGAAGAAGCCCAUGAUUGGUUAUCCAACCAAGAGCCUGACUCAGCGGCGUCCCCUGUCUGCCAGAAGUUAUAGCACUGAGACCUACGGAGCAUCUCAGGCACGUCCGGUGUCCGCUCGUCCCACUAUGGCCGCCCUGCUAGAGAAGAUGCCACCUGACUACACCCUGGCAACCUGCCCCGAGAAGCCACCCGAUGACACCAUCAAAGUAAGACCUGUUGUACCCCAGAAACCUGAAGACAUCACCUCCAAGAUGCCUGCCGACUGGAGGCAACAGCUACUCAGGCACAUAGAGGCGAAACGACUGGACAGGAGUGGUGUCCUAAAGCACAACACGCUCACGCUGGGCAUGCUCUGUCAGGGCGGGGGUCACGGCCAGGGGCGCAGCAGCACUUUGAACUUUAACCUUUACAAUAACACUAAGCAUGAGCCCCCUGCUGGCCGCUGGCUGCCACUACCUCCACCUCCGUCUGCUAACGCUACCCCGUCUCAGCAGGGUGGCGUGCUGGACAAUGACCAGGAGGGGGUGUCAGGAAGCAACCAGUGGGCUCCGUAUUCACUAGGCAGGAGGGACGUCCCACCUGACAACCUGUUAAAAAAGAGCGCCCAUUCCCACAACCCUUCCCAUCAAUCACACAACACCAUGAUCGUCACUUCCUCUUCCUCCUCCUCGGCCACUACACCUCAUCGUGUGGUGGGUCAGCAGGGCUACGAUGGGAUGAUGAACAAAGGAGGCCAAUACAACCAAGGGAUGCAGCUGUCAGUGGUUCCGUCUGGGGGGCCGGGACAGUACCAAGGCAACAUGUCUCAAGCCCCUGGACAGGCCUACCCCAGCGGUGGCCUGCCUAUGGCCCUGUCCCAAUCCGGAAACCAACCCCAGUACAACCCCCAUACCUCUCACACCUCCCAUCAACCCGCUACCAAUCCUCAGUACCAUGUCAACCAGGGCAUGGGCCAUAGCAACCAGGUCGUUAUGACCACCCACACCAACCCACGGCCUCAGAGCGCUCGCUGCCUGUUGCAGACUAAAGGCCAGAAGAGCACGGAUGGUUUUCAGGAGCAGCUGUGCGUGAGAAUAGAGAAGAACCCUGGCCUCGGUUUCAGUAUCUCUGGUGGCAUCAGCGGCCAGGGGAACCCCUUCAAACCCUCCGACAUGGGUAUCUUUGUUACUAGGGUACAGCAUGACGGGCCUGCCGCCUCCGCCCUGCAGCCCGGAGACAAGAUACUGCAGGCUAAUGGACAUAGUUUUUUACACAUGGAGCACGAGACAGCCGUCUCUCUGCUGAAGAGUUUCCCGCGGACGGUGGACUUGGUGGUUCUGAGAGACAGCAGCACGCGCUAAAAUAGUUUUUAAAAACAAACAAAACAAAUACAGCAACGCUUCUCUACUCUGCUCAUCGCCAUCCCACGCCAUCCCACCUGCCCUCCUCUGGAGGUUGAUGGAACUGAAAAUUGAGCCACAUUUUUUCCCCCUUUUUUUGUUGUUUUUUUAAAACAUUUUUAAGGGAACAGUCAGACAUUUAUUUGCCUAUUGCUGGACCAAAGGCAAAUACCAGUGCCAAAUGUACCAUAGGAAACAUAUCGGCUCUUCUGUCUACCGGCGGUCAGCGAUCUGAUCUGAUCGACGGCUGGACGGACCGCAAGAGGACUAUACACUUUAAAGUUCCUACAGGGCUGCUGCAGUUUGGAUUUUGUGGUUGGUUUGUGAUUUAAGCUGCCAUCUGAGCGGUCAGUCUGAGUAGUUUUUGUCGGUUAGUUAGAUUUUGGGAUAUUUUUCUUUCUUUUCUCCACUGCCGUCCAUUGUGAAUUUAAAGUAUUUUGUUUGGUGUAGCACAUGGUUCGCUUUCCUUGUUCUUCACAGCUUUAUUAUUUCUUUCGCAUCUUCCGUCUUUUUUCCCCACUUUUCAGUCCUUUUUCUAUCACUGUCUUUGAUUUUCAUACUCCUCCGAUAUAUUUUUUGUUCUGUUCUGCAGGUUAUUGCCUCCACUGUACAGAAAUUGAAACUUAAGACUCUGCCUUGUGUACAUACAUAGAGAUUCAGCUUGUUAGAACUCUCCUUGGGGCCUGAGCAGACAGCUCUUAAAAGUUUAUGAUUCAUAUGAUUAUUGUUGAUAAACUAUAUUCUCAAUUCCCUCCUGUGGAAAUGCAGGGGUCGUUUCUUCAAAUGGUUUUCUAAAGAGUAUAUCACCGUUUUAUCUGUAUAGAAAACACUUUUCAUAGUUCAUCACUGCUACUUGUUUUUUUUUCCUUUUCUCUUAAAAAAAGCUGUUGCUUGCACAGCUGUGCUGAAAGGAGCUAAAGCAAUAUUUCUGAGGCUCGGCCCAUUGAGCUUUUCAGCAGAGCCUUACUUGUCCUGCAGUGCCAUCUAUUGAGCAAGUCAUGCUAAUGUUUACACACACUGCCAUGCACAUAAACUAACAGGCAAAUACACACAUAAAAUUACACAUAUCUAUUCUCUGCAAUGUUGCAUAAUGCAUCCCUCAUUUUAGAAUAUCAUUUCCAUUAUAAAACUGGUCCAUUAAUAUUAACUGUGCCAUCUUUUUAAAGUCCUGUCUUAUGUUGUGCAGUGAUGUCACAUCCCUUUUGAUGUGUUUAUAAAGUCACAGCAUGCUUUUACAUCACUGGACACUGACAGAUAGCCAUUUUCUGUUGGCUUCUAGACGUCUCUACUCUCUAGAAGACUCUAGACGUAUUAAAGCACUAAGUGCUGCUUGUUGAUCUGUGCCAUAUGCAGCCUCCUCGGCUGUAUUUACAACAAUAUCAGAGCUUUACCUCUUUGUGGCCCAGAACUGAUCUGCACACACUAAAAUCAAAAACGUGGCUUCAGUGAGCCGGUAAGCUGUUCUAUAGUCGUUGACUCGGCUUCAGCAUCUCCUCUGCUGAAGUCUCCUGACCUUCGGCCUUCCUGUGGAAAGCAGUGUGAGACACUAAUGCCCCUACAAGCGUCUGCAAGGUUUCAUUUUAGGAGGAUAAAUCAGAUAUCGUCUCUUUUUUUGACAAUCGGGGAAACAUCUGAUUUGUGUCACAUGUGCUUUCGGUUACACUUGAAUUUUAAAAGUCGAGGAGAUGCUGAUUGAUACUCGGCAUACACGGAAGGCUUGCUGAAUUUGCUGGUAAAUGCUCAAACUAUUUAAAAGAGCAGGGAAAACGAAAGUUACGGUGGACCUGAUGGGUCAACAGUACUGCAAUUUAAGAAAACAUCAGCAAACAGAAAAAUGCUACAAAAGGUCACAAAAGAAAAAAGAAAGGAAAAAAAAACCUUGGAAAACACAAUGAAAGUGUAUUAGGGGAGAUAAUAAUGUGACAGAACCAAAACAUGCGAAGGGUUGCACCGACACACGCUUAAACGAAGUGGAGGAUUCUUGUGAGGGGAAAACAAAUGCAAGGUACUGUGUGUUUAAAUCGCAUAAUAACAUAAAUAUAUGUUUGCUAUUAGCCGAUCACUGUUAGCUUCUCACGUCGGCAGCUGUUCCGUCAUGUUAUUGUGUCCCCAAAACACUUCCGUUGUGUUUUGUGAGGGUUUUUUUGUUUUUUGUUUGAUUUUUAGCUUUUGCAGCCUUAUUCCAUUUGCCAAAGUUUCCUAAUAUUGCAGUGCGUUUGACCUCUCAGGGCCACCGUAGCAAUAGACUCUAUGUAAAAAAGCAAAAAGAGGAAAAACAAAACAAAACACCAAAACAGAGAUUGAAAGCCUUUGCUCUGUAGUCUGACUUUUAUAGUCACGCUUGAGAAGAUGUACUGACUAAAAUACAGAGUCUCAUUCUUUUUGUCUUUAUGUAAAUGCACCAUGGGUCUUGAAGGCAUUUCAUGGCAGUGAGUUUUGUUCUGUUCUGCAUAACAUCUGAUGUUUCAUCCGGAGCGAACCAUCCUUCACUGUCCUUUUGAUUUCACUUGACAGGUACCCUUUUUGUGCCAACUCUCCAAAUACGAUUUCCAUCACUUAUCAAUAGGAGACACAAAACGGCACAGUUUAAUCAUGUGGUUAGGAGAUUUAACCACAGGUACCCACCCCGACCCUAUUCAGAGUUUGAAAUAUCAAAGAUAUUGUGAUGAGAACAGAGUAAAAGGUUUGAUAAUAUAAUUAUUUUUUACUACAUGUUUCAGGUAAUUCUUUCUAAAUAUAUUGAUAUACCUUAGCUUUGCUCAAAAAUUGUGAUAUUUUAUAAUGACACUUAUAACAAAGUUAUGGAUGGAAGUACGCACAGUAUGACUUGGAGACCUACACAUGUACUAUCCAAAACUGUAUAAAAUGUAUUUCUACUGUAAUUGUGAAUUUGUGUUAUACAAAUAUAUAUUAUAUAUAUGUAUAUGACUAUUUAAAAAAAAUUCAGUCAUUUUCUAUGUGUUUAAACUGCUAAAAGAGCUGAACAAAUGAGGGCGGUGUCACUGUACAUAGCUGUGAAUGAAAUCCAAUUUAAAAAUGACUCAUAUUGAUUGUGAAUGUACUCAUGCUUUCUGCAGUACCUACACCUACCCAACUUGAAUGCUGCUUCUUCUGUUGUGUGACAAAAAGUACUUUGACCUCCGAAGAGAGAAACGCUGUCGAGUUUAUAAGUUGGACAAAUUUUAGUGACGAUUUAACAGAAACUAUUUAUUUCUUUAUUUAUUUGCACAUGCAAGUUGAAAUCCUUCCAGUUUUAAGUUUGAGUAUUAAUGCGGAGAAAUGUAAUUGCCGAAGUAUAUAUAAUAUAUAUCAUGUGUUUAGAAUGCAUUUUGCAGACGCUAUCUGUACAUACUAUUUAAGAUACAGUUUUUACAAAAAAUAAUAUAUGUAUAAAAUUGAAAAAAUGCUGUGCAGCGAUUAUACUGGAGCCAUUUUGGGCUUUGGGACGUACCAUUUUUUCAGUAUAUAAGAAGUGUUUUGAAUAAUGUACUAAAGUCUCUAUUGUACAAAUAAUAAAAAUGUCACUAUUG